AUGUUGGAGAAGCGGGCUAGGGCCGAAAAAAACUCAAGAUACUUCAGACUGCGGUCACUUUGUGAAGCACCAAUAGCAGUCUUCGACGAAUACAAAUUCCAAGAGCAUAGGUCCUUAAGGCAAGCAGACGGCCACCAUCACUAUGAUAACGUUGCCCAGCACCAAAGCAUUCUUUUAGUUCGAACUGGCAAAGGGGAUGGGCUUAGCGCAUUAAUCAGCUUCAAUGUUUUAAAGCAUAAAGCAUUGCCUCUUGCAAGAAAUGAGGAAAUGUGUAUGUUUGAUAUUAUUCAUAUCCCUUUGCAAAUUGGCGUUCGUUUCGUCGCCGAUCUUCUCCUCCGUGAAGAAGCUGCAUUUCCUGAAUUGGUUCUAGGAGGACCUCGACUAUCCAAGGAACCAUAUCAUCCAUUUAUAAAGUGCGAGAGAGAAGCGUUCGCCUGGGGAGAAAGCCGGUUAGUACGCGCACAGGAACGAGGGCAAGAUCUCUUCAUCUUCAACAGCGACCGAUGUGAAGGAGAAAGUGCUGCUCAACAAGCAAGUCGACGAACACCCUGA